UACUUCGGACACGGCGGAGGAGAACAAUACGUGCGGUCACACAAAAUCCGUCAUUUGCCGCGCUGUGCAACGACAAUGCUGUGGGGGUGCUCCAGCGGGUUACUGAAGGAGAUGGGUGAUUUUGACAGAGUAGGCACCCCAUUUAAUUAUAUGCUUGCUGGAUGCCCUUUACUGGUGGCGAAUCUUUGGGAUGUAACUGACCGCGAUAUCGACAAGUUCUCACAAGCAGUUUUUGACUCCCUGAGAUUGACUCCGACUCCAGUCACCGCAAUUGCACAAGCCCGAAAGGCAUGCAAACUCAAGUAUCUCACUGGGGCAGCACCAGUUGUAUAUGAGAUUCCGUCCUACCUAUAA